CGCGGUGGGUGGAGUGGAGGAAGGUUGUUCCGUUAUCGUUAUCGCUAUCGCUUAGUGUAUUCCCCACGCUGAUACGAGACGCUGUUGGGAAUGUGAAUGAUACACUGUCGAGGGAUUUCUUGUAUUCCGAGUGAAUAUCCACGGAUAUCUCUGUUUCUGUGUCGCCCAGGCCAUCCUAUGACGACAAUGAUUUUGGAACGAGGACUCGGACCUGAAGUGGAGGGGCGUAGGAACGGACCUUAAAGUUCGUGGGUUCAGGAACAAGCAGCUAAACACCGAAUCGUGGCACCAAUAGCUCUGCUAGCAUCACGUGGAUACUCCUACCUGGAUACAGAAGGAUGAGCAUAAAGUACAGGUCAUUUCCUCUUUACUUCCCUUCAGCUACACCCUUUACUUCCCCCACCAAUCCAUACCAUCCAACCCAGCACAGCAACAAACCCACACCAUGGCCGCAACCGAAUACUCAAUCGACCAAGAAAUCCAAAACCUCUUCGACCAAACCACCGCAACCCGCUCAGCAUGCGAUACCUUCGCCAGGGAGCAACUAGGUGGUGACAUCGUCCCCGUAACCAUCCAAGGCGUAUGCAGCUAUACCGUGAUUGCCGGACCAAAAGGGGAAUUCAUCGCUCAAUUCCGCCUUGAAUGUUUCCAACUCAACAUAGACAUCAUGAAACUAGCCGAGACCAUCUACGGCAAUCUUGUUCCCAAAGUUACCUAUAGAGGACAGAUAGGGGAAGAUACUACCGCCACUGCCACCGAGACCAAACGCCCCCUACACAUCUACAUCAUGUCCCGAAUCCAAGGAAUCAGUUACUUGGAUUUCAUCCUUGCACAUAACGGCCAAUUCUCCGAGAACUCACCCGAGUUCUUUGCAUGGCGCAGGAAUUUUGUCGCUGAUGUCGCGAGAUUCUUCGCCCGUUCAUGGAAAGCCCCUCAGGAAAAUACCGUGGACGAAACAUACAAGCAAACCCUCCACCAAUCCUACAAAAAAGACCUAGACCUCCUCCUCACCUCCCUCCCCCCGCGCUUCACCCCCAUAAUCCAAUCCACUCUGACCGCCUUCCCCUCCAUCCCCUCCAUCCCCUCCCUCCCCCUAGUCCUCGUCCACAAAGACUUCGGCGCGUGCAACAUCCUAGUCACCGAAACGACCUGCAAUCUAGUAGGUGUAGUCGACUGGGCUGAGGCCGAGAUCGCGCCGUUCGGGAUAAACCUCUAUUCCCACCAGCGAUUAAUCAGUAAAGUGGAUUUCAGAACCGGGUGGGUGAGAUUCGAUGAUUAUGCUGAAUGUGAGGAUGUAUUCUGGGGGACGUUUAGGGAGGAAGUUGGGGGGGGGGGGGAUGAGGUUAUUGGGGCUAUUAUGGCUGCGAGGGUUUUGGGAGCGUUGUUGGAUUGUGGGUUUACGAGUCGACUGGGGAAUGUGUCUGAGCCGGUGCCGAUUCGGGAGGAUGAUGAGGUGGGGAGGUAUAAUGUGCGGGAUUUGGAUGGGUUGUUGGUUAAUACUGGGACGAGGUUUUUGGGGUUGGUUUAG